CUUAUGUUGUGCUACUUUCACCACUACAUCUCAACCGCGGUUAAACCUGCAUCAUGCCGAAGCGUGGAAGGGGUGGUUCAUCUGGUGGAAAGUUCAGAAUUUCAUUGGCUCUUCCUGUUGGAGCUAUAAUGAACUGUGCUGACAACAGUGGUGCCAAAAAUUUGUAUGUAAUAGCUACGUUUGGUGUUCGAGGUCGCUUGAACCGUCUUCCAUCGGCAGCAACUGGUGACCUAAUUGUGUGUUCGGUUAAAAAGGGGAAACCAGAACUAAGGAAAAAGGUGUUGUAUGCUGUAGUUGUCAGACAACGUAAGGCCUUCAGACGAAAAAACGGAGUAUUCAUUUAUUUCGAGGAUAACGCUGGCGUGAUUGUCAACAACAAGGGAGAACUUAAAGGUAGAUACUGAAGUAUUUUACUCCUUUUUUACCAUUGAGUUCAGGGUCAUUUUUCCCUUUGCAGGUUUAUUCACGUUUUGAUUAGUAUGCUUCCGUUAAGUAGAAAAAUCUGAUAGUAAGGUAUUUGCAGGUAUAACCGCAUGAUCUGGCACAUGACUACGAUAGACUGAGUUUUGAUGAUAGAAUCUUAUGAAAGACUCGAGUUCAGUUCUGAACUAUAAUAUCCAGAUACAUUACUUAAACCGUUCAAUAAGUUAUCAUGUUAGUGUUUCGGACAAACUAUGUUUAGCUCUAUUUUUAACCAGACUUUUGUAUAUCUGUCGGAUACUAAUUACCUAGCAACAUUUAUUGUACGCUGUAUUUGUAGUUGAUCCUUUAUAGCUUGGAUAAAGUUGCAUUUGUUUGCAGUCACAUCAAGAAUAAUAGAUUAACAAUCCCCAUCGAAGUAGAUAAAACUAAUCGAUCCAACAUGUAAUAGUCGGCAGUAAUCUGGUGAGUAGUUUGAUAGUGUUACCCUUACCUUCCUGGGAAUUUGUUACAGGUUGUUAUCACUUGUUUCCUGGAUUGUACGUGGACUAUAUCAUGGGUUCGGCAAUUACCGGUCCUGUGGCUAAAGAAUGCGCUGAUAUGUGGCCAAAGAUUGCAUCAACCGCCAGUUCAAUUCAUUAGUUAAUAAAUUUGUAUAACUGGCCU